AUGGCUACCGGCGAGCAAAUCAACUUCAACGAACCCCAUCCUCCGAAGGAGAACGGUAUCGAGGCGUUCAAUAUCAUCCUUCCCACCAUCAAGUCUGAAAUUGUCAAGUCGCGGCGCCAUUGGGACAAACAUGAGCCUCGGAUGUGGUCGCGAGUGAGCCAUCUAUCAGACGACGAGCUGGUGGCCUUCACCAUCGAAGACGAUUUAGUCGAGAUACGCAGUGCCGCAACAUCCUACGGAACAAUAAUCCUAGGCAAGAUACGAGUCCCAAGCGUAAACGACGAAGAAGGGGGAGGAUACAUACACGUUAGGAUCCACGAUCCCCCUAAUCGAGGAACGGAGGACGUAAUUUUCCAUUCGCUGUUCACUGAUGAGGGAAACCCUGACGCCGAUGGUAAACCGACGACCUGGAAAGCCGUCCAGAAUCGAGAGACGCCGUUGGAGUUCUUCCAUGAAUGA